AUGAAUGGAGAUGGAACGGCUCAACAUAUUGUUGAUAAACUAGGUGAAUUAUGGGAUGAAGAUGGAAUUAAUAUGAAAAAAACGUGUUGGUUAGCUACAGACAACGCUUCAACUUUUACCGGUGAUGGUACAAAUCGUGUUCGAACUCGAGAAGAUGUAGCUCAAUUUGAAUCAAACUUAGGACAAAUUUAUAAUUUUUUUCAUAGUGCAUGUCGUUUAUCAAUGUUGAAACAUUGGCAAAAUUUUCUCGAUCUACCAGAACUCAAAUUCAAAUAUUUGUUUGAUAUUAGAUGGUCAUCUAUUCGUGGUUGUUUAAUACCCAUCAUUAGUAAUAUUGAACCUGGUCAUCAAGCCUUAUUUGCUACAUUGAAACAAAUUUCUGAAGAUCAAGAUUUUAGUCUUUCCGAUCGUGAAAAAGCUCUCGAUUUAUAUAAUUCCAUUCUCGAUGAUUCAUUUUUAUUUUAUCUUCAUUUUCAUCAUGAUUUACAAGAAUGUGUAUCAGAACGUUUUCUUAUUGAACUUGAUCGACGUUUUCCCAUAUCAAAGGUACAAGAAAGUUUAAGUAGAUUAUUUGAUCCAGUAUAUUUAUGUAAAAAUGAAGAACUUGUUCGUCAAACUGGUUAUGGACGUGAACAACUUGUCUUUCUCUCAAAAAUAUAUAAUCUACUCGAUGAUUUUGAUCCAAAAAAGGUUUCAACCGAAUGGGAAUCUCUACGGCCAUCAUUAAUCGCAUAUAUUGCUAUUGAUGGCAAAAAAUCGAAGGUUUAUUUAGUUUCUCCAACAAACUCAGCUGCAUGUGAGCGUGGUUUCAGUGCUUCAAAUCGUAUUCAAACAAAUAGUCGUGCGCGUCUUUUGAUCGAGACUUUAAAUGUUUUACUUACUGUUCGUUUACUUUUGCAUAAUGAUAUUCGAAGCAAAAGGUGCCAACAAAUCGUCGAAAAAUCAUUUGAUCUUUGGAAUAAUCCAGAUGAAAAUCGUCGAUGGAAACGAACAAAAUUAAUAAUAGAUAUACCAGAUGACUAUGAACCAACACGACAAACUCGUGCAAGUAAUAUUAAAAGAAAACGAGCACAAUCAUUGAAACAGCAUGAUCCUAGUUCAAGUCGGCCAGAAAAGCCGAAAGCAACAGCUGUGAAGUGUGCUAAUGGUUGUCGUCGAACGAUCUCAAAUGAUGAUCCAUUUCAAUAUGAUGCAAUUCAAUGCUGCCAUCAGCUUGAGUAUUAUUCUUGGAUCAAUGAUAAUGAAGAAUGUUCCCGAUGGCUUUGUAAUUAUUGUAGAAUAAAACUAGCAAUUCCAACUGAUUCAACAACUUGGUUUUGCAAUGAUCAUGCUGACAUGCAUAUAGAAGAUGAUACUUUUGAACAAGAACAAUCAUCUGAAUUAAUUUAA